GGAACACGGAGCUUGUGUUUCCAAUUCACCAGCCAUGAGCAGCAAUCCGCCGGGGAUCCCGGACGAGGUGGAUGAGCUGGUGCAGGAGAUCAACAAUCAUCCGGCCAGUAAUUCUCCGAGCAAGUCGCUUCCGGCACUUAGUAGCCAGUCGAUUGCACUGCUGGACCUGGCUGACGUGCAGAAGUUUCUGGUGGAGAACCAGGAAGUGGGGAACGGCCUGGUCUCCAAAGUCUCCCUCCUGGUGCCCCAGGCCUUGAAGGAUUGGGAGCUGGUGAACCUGGAGAACACAAUCCUCAAGCAGAAGCUGCAGGCGCUCCAAGUUCCGAUAGAUGAGCUGCUGGAAGAGGUCAAGCUCAGCAAGCUGAAUCUGCCGGGCAGCCCGGAGCCGGCUGGCACGCACAGCGAGAAUUUGCUCGGGGCGAGCAACGGCUUUCGGAGGGGCCGAAGGGCCAGCGUGGCCAAGGGCGGCAGGCCUCUCCUGCGCCGGAAAUCCUCCUUGACUGCUAACCAGUCGCAUGAGCUGGAGAAUGCGCUGCAGAUCUCACCCACGGCCAUGGCGCAGGGCCGGCCCAACACCCCGGGCUCCCGGGAUCCAGCGCGGGAGCGCCGGGAGUCGCGGGAGAUCGAUGUCACCGAGGAAGCGCUGGCAAGUCGCAUGAAGCGGGAACAGCAGAAGAAGGAUCUGGCCUCCAUCAAGAACUGGACGGCCAAAAAAACUGCUCGCCAAAACUCCAGGUCCAAUGUGGAGCUGACUUCUCAAUCCACCACCCACCUUGGCGAGCUCACUUUGGACCAGCAGGUGGAGCAAGAGGGCAAGGUCUUCGGCAGCCCCGAGGCGCUGAAGGACGAGGUGCGAAGGGCCCUGCAGAAGGAGGACACGAGUGUGGCAAAGUACUACAAGGACAAGGGACUGGCCCAGGCAAUCGCGAGGAGCCACCUUUUUGAGGUCUUCACCUUGUCUCUCAUUGGCUUGAACUGCCUCUGGAUGUCUGUGGAUGCGGACCUCAACGAAGAAGCGCUGCUCCCGCGGGCUGCUCCGCUCUUUCAGGUGGCUGAGAACCUCUUCUGCCUUGGCUUCACGAUGGAGCUGGCAGUGCGCUUUUUCGCGCUCAAGCACAAGAGGAAAUGCCUGAAAGACAUGUGGUUUCUUUUCGACUCCUUCCUCGUGAUCCUUAUGAUCAUGGAAGUGUGGGUGGUCUACAUUGUGGUCAUGGUGGGCGGCGCCGGCGUGGGCGUCUUCCAGAACGCCACGAUCCUGCGAAUCCUGCGAGUGCUCAGGCUACUGAGAACCGCCCGCAUGGCGAAGCUGCUGCGCACAAUGCCGGAGCUGAUGUUGCUCAUCAAAGGCAUGGUGGUCGCCACCAGAUCGGUUUUUUUCACCCUGGCGCUGCUGGGGAUCAUCAUCUACGUUUUCGCGAUCAUUUUCAUGCAGCUCGCCAGAGACACGCCUCUGGAAGUGGAAUACUUCGGCAGGUUCGGCGAGUCGAUGCUGACUUUGCUGCUGGAGGCUGUGCUCCCUGAUUUGAGUGGCUUCAUGCGCAAAGUCAUGGACGAGGGAUGGCUGAUGUCGACGGUCAUGAUGGUCUUCAUCCUACUCGGCUCCGUGACGAUGAUGAACAUGUUGGUGGGCGUUUUGGUGGAGGUGAUCAAGACAGUCUCCGAAAUCGAGCGUGAGCAGCUGGAGGUCAGCUUUGUGAAGAAGAUUUUCUAUGACAUGAUCACAAAGAUGAACCUUGACGCUGAUGGUGACAACAAGAUUUCCAAGGAGGAGUUCGAUGCGCUCCUCUCCAAGCCCGAAGCUGCCAAAGCGCUCCUCAACAUCGGUGUAGAUGUGGUCGGCUUGGUGGACUACAGGGACGUGCUCUUUGGCAAGGAGGGCGAUGUGGAGCUGUCCUUUGCGGAGUUCAUGGAAGCCAUUUUGGAGCUCAGAGGUACCAACAGCGCCAAGGUGAAGGAUAUCGUGGACCUCCGCAAGUUUGUGUCCCAGGAGACGGGCGCGAUUUAUGAAUUGGUGGCCUGUGUCACUGCAGGGGAGGAGAGCGAGACGGAGACCACGCCCUCACGCUCCAGAAGCCGCACGCACUCGUUGGCCGGAUCCAAGAUCCAUGAAGAGUGCUGAGCUCUUGGGCUGCUCGACUCGGGUGUGCCAUGGCCGUAGUUUCCGGGUCCGAUGGAUGUCCGGCUUCAGGGCCAAAAGCAAGCUGGGGUUGGGGAAGCCGUUCAUAUUGAGCCCGGACCCGGGUUGACCAAUUGACCGAAGGAGUCGCAGGAGUGUCAGCCGAAAAUGUAACGAUUGCAUCUCCUGCAAUGUAGUUGUUUCUUCCGUGCAAAUUGAGGCACCCGGGUUUUACUUGUGUAAAUUGAGGCACCUGGUGCCGCCAGUGUCGCUGGGAUCCAGCAGCACAUGAUUCUUAACCUAGCCCAGUCCCUCAAGGGGAAGGGCGGUAGUUUUCACAAGGCAGAGAGAGAGGCCAAGUGUGAUCCACUUGAAGAUGGCCCGCCUUCCUCAUCCUUGCUUGGAGUUGUGAGACGCAUGCGCAGCGCACUGAA